UGUUAGUUCGUCUCGCGUCCUCCCACGAAGCAGACAUGUCGAAAGUUGCGGUUGUGACCGGCUCCAAUAAGGGCAUCGGCCUCGCCAUUGUGAAAGGAUUAUGCAAACGAUUCAACGGAAUCGCAUACCUCACAUCUCGAGACGAAAAUAGAGGCCGAAAAGCUGUCGAAGAGUUGAACAAAUUAGGCCUAAAACCGCACUACCACCAGCUCGACGUAUCCGAUAGAAACAGCGUCCUUAAGUUCAGAGAUCACAUCAAGGAAAAACACGGACAUCUCGAUAUAAUCGUUAACAAUGCUGCUAUUGUGGACAAUCUUACGCCCAAUACUAAGCCCGAUACUAAGCUCGACAUCGAACUUAUGAAAAAAGUCAUCGAUAUCAAUUACAGAAGCGUCUUGACUAUGCAGGAACUGAUUUAUCCAUUGGUGAGAGAUAAUGGAAGGAUCCUGAAUAUAUCCAGCGACUGUGGACACUUAUCCAACAUUAGGAAUAAGUACUGGAUAGAGCGGUUGUCAAACAAAAAUUUAACAGUCCAAGAUGUGAAUGAGUUCGUCGAUUGGUUCCUCCAGUCCGUGCAGAAGGGUACGUUCAAGACGGAAGAUAUAGCCGACAACGCGACGGUGCCCGCGUACCGUGUGGCCAAGGUGGCUCUGAGUGCGGUGACGGUGGUCCAGCAGCGCGAGCUGGCGAGCCGGCGCAUUGCUGUCAACUCGAUGCACCCCGGCCUCGUGCGCACCGACAUGACGACCGAUAUCGGCUUCUACAGCGCGGACGAAGCAGCAGAAACCCCCCUCUAUGUACUCCUAGAAGCCCCGGAUUCACUCCAGGGCGCCUACAUUUGGUACGACAAACGUGUACUCGAUUGGUACGACUACAAGGCAGACUAUUAUUUCAAAAAUUCCACUCUGAGCGGGUAGUACCUAUUAUGUUAUGGACGAGAAAUAUCAAUUGUUUGCGUUGUUGUAUAAUUGUUAUCUGUAUAAUUAUGAUGAUUAAAAUGCUCGAUUAAACAUUUCAAUAUGAUA